AUGACAACGUCUCGUAUGAAGAAUAGUGUCGUGGAGACUCUACUCCAUUCUUCCUUUGCAUCGACAUUAUCGAUACAAAGUCAUGGGGAUGUACAAGCGACACGACGUUUGAAGCUAUUAACAAUGUGUCAAAGUCAUGAACUCACGGACGUUAUUCUUGUGUUACAAUCCAAAUCGUCCACUGUACAACAAGAGCUUCUUGUCCAUGAGAUUCCUGCUCAUCGGAUUAUUCUUGCAACUGCAAGUCCGUAUUUCCAUGCACUCUUUACUAAUGGAAUGAAGGAAUCACAGCAACUAGUACCUCGUAUUUCCUUACCUGAUAUACCACUUGCUGCCUUUCUUGACUUGUUACAAUACAUGUACAUUGGAGAAUUACGAAUCUCAGGAAAUACAAUACUGUCAGUAUUACAUGCAGCUAAUCGACUUGAGCUCAAGGAAGUUGUGGAAAUGUGUUGUAAACAAUUGAUGCUGGAACUCAAUAUCACGAAUUGUGUCGAUAUCUACAUGAGCUGUGAACAGCUUCAGAUGAUACAAGUGUGUAGAAUACUGGCUCAAGCAGCCUGGGCUAUGAUUGAUACCUUCUUUUACGAUGUCUAUCAAAGUAAAAGCUUUAAGAAUCUGUCAGUCAACACCGUGAUGAAGCUUUUAAAACAUAAAGACAAGAUCAAGCUGGAGAACAAGACAGUGAACAGCUUUACAGAUAAGGCAGCAGUAAAAGCGUGGAUCAUGCACGAUCCCAUGACAAGACAAGGGAAACUCUCACUUGUCUUGUCUUCUUCACAAAACAAUUUGACAAACAGUGGGGUGGAAGCGGUACAACAUGCGAUUCAAAGUCGACGAAAUAGUGAUACUGCCAUGGUGAAUAGCAAGGAGAACAUAUCAUUCCAAGUUGGCGAUGAUCCGAUAGUAUUGGACGUCGUAGAUGCCAAGAAUACUACCAAGCAACAACUAAUGCCGACCAUUUUCGUAAUCGGAGGCUUUAACAAUCCUGGUGCACUCAACACGGUAGAGUAUUUGGACUUCCAUUCUGGUGAAUGGUACCCUGCAGCGCCAAUGACAGCUCGGCGUUCUUAUAGUGGAGUCGCUGUUACGAAAGACAACAACAUAUUUGUCAUGGGAGGCACAGGCAGCAGCUGGAUCCACCACAAGAGUAUGGAAAGAUACGAUCCAAAUACAAAUCGGUGGUUUGAAAUGCCGCCGAUGAAACACGCUCGAAGCUAUCUUGGAGCCUCAGUCGUUGGAAAGUUUAUCUACGCUGUGGGAGGAUUCAAUGGACAAGCCCAUUUAUCUUCUGUAGAGCGAUUUGAUCUAGAAAAACAGCAGUGGGAGCUUAUGCCUCAGCUAUUGACAGGACGCAGCGGCCUUGCAGUCGUUGCGCUGAACGGACUUGUGUACGCUAUCGGCGGGUACAAUGGCAAGGAACACUUGAAAAGUGUGGAGGUUUUUGAUCCGCAGACCAACCAGUGGUCGUCACGAGCCAAUAUGCGCUAUGCACGCAAUGGUCCUGCAGCGGUAGUGCAGGAACACAGCAACAGCAUUCUUGUUUUUGGUGGUGAGGCUCGUCAUGGUGCGCGAUUGAGCACAAGCGAGCAACUGGACUUGAACAGUGGAACGUGGAGUGACGUGGAGGCAUUUGCAGACUGUCGAAGUGGCCAUGUCGCUGUUAGUUAUGUGAGCGAAUCUUUUCUCUUUUGUCUCGGAGGUUCAAACAAGAAAGACGAGUAUCUGGAUUCUGUACUUCGAUACGACUAUUUAUCCAAGCAGUGGACAUUUCACUCCCAAAUGAGAGCACAACGCUGUGGACUGAAUGUAGCCGUCGUUCAGACAUUUCCCAAUGCUGCAUGUUUUGCACCACAAAUGCUGAAGAAACAGCAAGAAAUGGACAAACAGUCAGCAGCUUUGUUACUGCACCAAAAGAAUUGUUGGACAGCAGCAUUUGCUCAGAGUGUAUGA